AUGGGGAUGCAUAACUCAGUCAUUAUCUGCUUUGUUUUAGGAUUUUUCUUAUGGUUUCCCAAAGUAAGAAGUGAGGAAGGGUGUCUCAAUGCUGAAUUCUGUUCAGGUACUGAGUGGAUCCGUCUCUGGUAUAUUUGUUUUCUCUCUUCUUCUAGGCUGGUGGUUGUGAUUGGUGGACUGCUGCUGCUGUGCGGCUUGGUUUCUGUCUGCAUGAGAUGCUGUUUCACUCACUGCCGUCCGGCUGGGGAGGAAUCAGGUCCUCAACCCUAUGAGGUCACUGUCAUUGCUUUUGAUCACGACAGCACUCUCCAGAGCACCAUUACAUCUCUCCAUUCGGUAUUUGGGCCAGCCGCCAGGAGGAUCCUAGCAGUGGCACACUCCCACAACACUGUGCAGGGCACACCACCCCUGACAGCAUCAGACACUCCUCCAGUCUACGAUGAAGCUCUACACACGAGCAGGUUCACUGUUGCCAGGGCAGGGCAGAAAAUGCUAGACCUGGAUCCAGCGACUAAAGAAAAACUGCAGACAUCUGCCGAGGACAAGGACGUCCAGCCAGUCUUUGCAGGACACUAG